AUGCAGGUGCAAGCUCAAUGUGUACUAUGUAGGAAAGAAGAUGAGAUAGUUGAACACUUGUUUUUCCAGUGUGAGUAUGUUGCUGCAAUAUGGAAUGCAUCGUUGAGAUGGGUGAAGAUACACAGAGUUGCUAUGACAUGGAGUAGUGAGAUAAACUGGAGUGUUGCAAACAUUAGAGGGCAAUCAGCCGGUGCUCAUGUGUUCAGGAUGAUGUUGGUUGCUUGUGUUUACUACAUUUGGCAUGGGAGAAAUAACAGAAUAUUAAGGAACACCAUUGUACAGCCUGAUAGCAUAGAAAGAAUAGUAAUCCAGAAAGUGAUUUUACUUGCUAGUUCAAAGUCGAAGUUAGCUAGUGUGAUGCCUACUCUGAACUGUUAUCCACAAAUGUGA